GGGAGUUCGUCGAAAAAUCAACCAUGUGUAAGCCUAUCCUUCCUCUAUCGCCAUCCUUUAAUGUCGCUCAGCUUUAUUUCCGCCAAGACAUACUAGUGCCAAAAGGGACAUGGAUCGUCCAGUAGAAAGACGGCCCGAAUGCAGGCAUUGAGAGGGAAACGCAGCUUUGCCCGUCUCCUGCUCUUGGUCCCAGUGAAAAGCACUACACAGCAAACUGGUACAAAGCCGCCGGCCACGUCAUCGCCAUUCGGUCGAGCAUCAUUGGCCCUCUCUGUCUGGAUGAGGUGUGUCAAGACUUCCUUCGUCCUUGGCGGUCGUUGUCGCACGACCUUAAGGAGCAGCAAAGGAACCAGCCGUGAUGAUUACGCAGGGUACGAUUCUCCUAUAGUCAAACAAAAAUACCCCCUAGUUAUCAGCCUCUGCCACCAGUUUGACUUUUAACUCAUUUAUCACGCCCGUUCGCCAUAUUGGAUUCCGGAGGCUGCAAGCGGACACGGGCGAUUGUUUGCGAGAAUUUUCUUUCCUUCAACUUGGGUCCUCGUAAUCCUGAUGCAUGGAAGCGAUUUGGCAGCGACAGACGGAAAUGGCGGUGGCGGAUGAGGCCGACGGU